AGGACAAGGAGAAAAAAGUGGAGGGAUCGAAACUGCUGUGGCCGGAGAUGUCACAAAUUUGGCAUGGUUGUUGGCCCACAGACAUUCCACCACAGCUGUCACCGAGUACCAAUACCUACCUGUACUCAGCGCGCCCCUUGAUGCAACGCAUGAUUUGGGGCGCUGGACGGGAUCACGGCAUUGCAAUGCCUCGCGCCAGCGCUGGCCCUGGCGUGGUCGAUGAGGAUGAAAAGACACCAGCAGCCGUUGCUGCAAAAGAGCUGUUGGACGCCAUUAAGCUCUCAGGUGCUGAAGAAAAUGCUUUGGCCACUGCACAGUUAAUGGCCUUGAGACUGACGGCCGAGGGAAAAGUAGGACUUUCUCCAGCCAACAUCGUGGCCUUGAAUCUCUUCCUCUCAGAUGUGUCCUUUCAUAGUGAGUGUAGCAGUGCCUUCAGCAGCCAGUUUUCGCAGAGCCCGGCACCGGCCGUGCGGGAACGUGCGGCCGAUCUGCAAGCGGCACAUGCCGAGCUUUCAAAUGCCCUGCAAGCAUUGCCUGCGCGAAAGGUGGUGUGUUUCCGCGCCUUGCGAGUGCCCGGCUCCUCCUUGCGGGACGUCUUGCGGGGCCAUCGGAUGGGCAUGGACUGCUACCGCCCUGGUAGCAUCGUCAUGUGGAGGCAUCCCAGCAGCUGCACGCAAGAUCCCUCGCUGGCAGAGGAGCUCGCCUUGCAUGGCGAGCCCUCGGGCGCCUGCGGGGUGGUCUUCAAGAUCCGUGCCGAGACGCAACACGUGUGGAAGAAAACGGUGGAAGCAAACG